GGUUAAGACGCCUGCACUGACGACACAAAUACAGAACUUCAUUCCUUCUUCAGUUCCCAGCGACGUCCUGAAGCCUCGUCAGUGUCACUGACUCUGAUCUGCGAACAGACAGUCGCACCGUCUCCACCAUGAAGCCGGUGGCUGUGUUGGUGUUUUCGCUGACGCUGGUCAUCUCAGUGUCGUCGCAGGUCUUCCACUGGGGUCCGUGUCCGACGCCGAUGGUCCAGCCAAACUUUGACCUGAACAGGUACCUGGGAAAGUGGUACGAAAUCGAGAAGCUUCCAGCAACCUAUGAGAAAGGAACGUGCAUCGAGACCAGCUACUCUCUCAGACCUGACAAGACCAUCAGAGUCGUUUACGUUCGGACACGGAAGGGGAAAGUGAGGACCGCUGAGGGAACGGCCAUCGUACAGAACCAGAGAGAACCGGCUAAACUCGGAGUCAGUUUCUCAUACUUCACUCCGUACAGCCCGUACUGGGUUUUAUCCACCGAUUACGACUCCGUGGCGCUGCUGUACUCCUGCACCGACGUUCUCCGGCUCUUUCACGCCGAUUACGCCUGGAUUCUGUCCCGCAGCCGCUCUCUCCCACCGGAGACCGUGUACCACGCCAAGGAGGUCUUCUCUCGGGACAACAUCGACGUCAGUCGAAUGGUUCCUACCGAUCAGCACGGCUGUGAGGGCGGGGCUUAAACUACCACCACCAUGUCCUUUUAAUUUACAUAUACAAAUAUACGGAUGAAUAUCUUCUUAGCAUAAAUUAUAAUUUAAUAAUAAACGGAGAUGGAAAGUGCUCACAAUGACUUAAUUUUUUUUCAUAAUAUCAGCUGUACUUGUUUGCUUUUUACUUUUACACCCAAUCAAUAUUAAUAUGGAGCCAUUAUUAUUAUUAUUAUUGUUAUUAUUAUUAUUAUUAUUAUCACUUUUAAUAAAAAAGAACUUAAUUAACUGGAAAAAUGUGUGAAUUUAUGGUUAUUUCAUAGAUUUUUAUCUGAAUGAAGUCUUAAGAAAAGAAAGUUUAAACAAUAACCCCGCCCAUAACCCCACCCACAGCCCCGCCCCUAACUCUGACCUUUGUACAUUUUCAUGCAAAUUAAUUCCUGGGAAUUGUUAGUUGUGUUUGUGUAGAAAUUUGACUUUUACCAUUUAUUUUAAAAUGUAAACACCUGAGUAUAUUUUAAUGUGGUCACUUUUUUAACUUUGAUUUCUGACUUUAAUUGAGUUUUUUUCUGCACUUUUGCCUUCUGUUCUUAAUGCUCAUGUUCCUCUUGAUGGAAUAAAUAUUUUACCAAGUUGUUUUGUUGGUGCUGUAAUUCUGAAUCACAUCUCAACAGCGCCCCCUGUCGACCAAACGCUUUAUAUUUAAAAAAAAAUUUUUGUUUUGUUUUUACUUCUAACUUUCUAACUCUCAGUUCUUCCAUCUGCUGAAUGUUUAUAAUUAUAAUGAACACGUUAGAGAUCUUUAUGUGCUUUCUUUAAUGCUUGAGCUUAACACAUGAUCAUAACACAUAACACAAGAUGUGUCUGUUUUUCCCACAUAAAUAUUUCCUGUGUAUGAUAUUAAAAUCAUAAAUAACUUUAUUUCUUAGUGGCUCUCAGGAAAAU